GGUCCCGGUGUGCGCGGUGCCGCCUCCCCAGAUGUGUUCGGGCACGCGGUGCUCCGGCAGCAGGGCCGGCCCUUGGGGCAGCCGGGGGCUCGAGCACACCGAGAGACCCCCGGGCCGCGGCUUCCCGCACUGAAACGACAGCCCCGGGUCAUCCCUGGCUCCCGCACGCAGUCGGGAGCUACAGCUGGGCUCCACGUGUCGUGCUCAGACCGCCCCCUCCGCGCUGCCCGGUUAAAUCCUGCUCCGGGUGUGGGCGUGCGGCUCCGCGGUGUCCUUGGAGCACGGGGAUCCCACGGGAACCCCACGGGAACCGCAGUGGCUCUGCCCCUUCAGGAGCUCCGUGACUCGGUUAAAGUGAUACUCUGGAGCUCUCGGACUGUUCAUGCCAUUGGUUUGCUCUUGGUGUGGGUUGGCUGAUGAGGAAAGUAUUCCUGGUACAGCUAUAUUUGUAUAAAGAUAAAUUAUGUAUAUUAUAUAUGUAUAUAUAUAAAUCUCUAUAUAUUUUUGGAGCUGUCCUGUGCAGGGCCAGGAGUUCGAUGGUCCUAAAGAGUCCCGUACAACUCAGUAUACUUUUAAUAUAUAUACAUCAUGUCUAUAUAAAUAUCUGCUGCUGGAACUGGAGCACUCCGUCGUUCCCAGAGCAUUCCCGGUGAGGAGGAGCUGCCCAUGAGCUCACUGGGGGAGGAGCUGCUAUCCUCUGCCAUUGAUUGAUCCCUGAUCUUUAAUAUUUAACUUGACUACUUUGUGUUUAAUGAAGGGGAUGAGAUAAUCCCUUGGAUGAUGAGGAUUUAGAACUGGUAAAACCUUGUCCAGAACUUUGGGCAGCUGCUGUAGAGUGUUGGGAUUACACAGCUGUUAAUGUUUUAAUUAAAGAUUUUAAUUCAAGGCAGAAAUGAAGUAUCCAGUGUGAAAUUGAAAUGAGACCCUGACAGCAGCAUUUUCCAAAAGAAUAUUUAUCUUCUUUUAUUGUGGCUAUGAAAAAGUGUCAGGAAAUGGGCAGAGGAUGGAGCUCAAACAGCAGCAGUAACCACAGCAACGGGUACAGAGAGUCUGUGACUUAAUCCUGUCAGCAUUCCUUGAAAAAUUGAGAGAGCCGGAGGUUUUGUUACUUUAGACAUAGAAAAUUAAAGUUCCAGGCUGUGUUUUCUUCCAGCAGUGUAGCAGGAACUUGUUCAGUCGUGGCAUAAAUCAAACUCCUCACUACAGUAAUAAUUCUGCUGUUGUUGGGCCAGAGAGGAGAGAAGCAGCGGCAGGGAAAUGGUGUUUUCAUUUCAGCACGGUGGUGUUGAUGUGUGCAGGGAAAGGGCCAAGGAAUGAAAGGCAGCGAGAGGAUGGAGGUGCUGGGAAAUCUGCUGGUGGUUCCCAAAAUGCAUGAAGGAUAUAUUUGAGGGCUGAGGCACCAUGGAGCAGUACACGACCAACAGCAGCAGCUCCACAGAGCAGAUCGUGGUGCAGGCAGGGCAGAUCCAGCAGCAGCAGCAGGGAGGUGUCACAGCUGUCCAGCUGCAGACUGAGGCCCAGGUGGCAUCGGCCUCAGGCCAGCAAGUCCAGACCCUCCAGGUAGUGCAGGGGCAGCCGCUGAUGGUGCAGGUGAGCGGGGGCCAGCUCAUCACCUCCACGGGCCAGCCCAUCAUGGUGCAGGCCGUGCCCGGGGGCCAGGGCCAGACCAUCAUGCAGGUGCCCGUGUCCGGCACGCAGGGGCUGCAGCAGAUUCAGUUGGUCCAGCCAGGUCAGAUUCAGAUUCAAGGUGGGCAGGCUGUGCAGGUACAGGGGCAGCAGGGCCAGACCCAGCAGAUCAUUAUACAGCAGCCCCAGACUGCAGUUACUGCUGGCCAGACACAGACCCAGCAGCAGAUAGCAGUGCAAGGCCAGCAGGUUGCCCAGGCUGCUGAGGGCCAGACCAUCGUGUACCAGCCCGUGAAUGCUGAUGGCACCAUCCUGCAGCAAGUUACAGUCCCUGUUACAGGCAUGAUCACCAUUCCUGCAGCCAGCCUGGCUGGAGCCCAGAUUGUCCAAACAGGAGCCAACACCAACACCACCAGCAGUGGCCAGGGGACGGUCACGGUGACACUGCCAGUGGCUGGGAACGUGGUCAAUUCAGGGGGAAUGGUCAUGAUGGUGCCUGGAGCUGGCUCUGUCCCAGCCAUCCAGAGGAUCCCUUUGCCUGGAGCAGAGAUGCUGGAAGAGGAGCCCCUCUAUGUCAAUGCCAAGCAGUACCACCGCAUCCUGAAGAGGAGGCAGGCACGGGCCAAGCUGGAAGCAGAGGGAAAAAUCCCCAAAGAGAGAAGGAAAUACCUGCACGAGUCCCGGCACCGGCACGCCAUGGCCAGGAAACGGGGAGAGGGGGGCCGCUUCUUCUCCCCCAAGGAAAAGGACAGCCCUCACAUGCAGGAUCCAAGUCAAACCAACGAAGAAGCAAUGACACAGAUGAUCAGGGUCUCCUAACCCCUGCUUCCAGGGAAAAACACCUGAAGGGAAUUCCCAUCCCUCCUGCCAGCCUGUCCUGCCUGCCCAGUGUGUCCAGUGAAUCCUGGAGUGGGACAAUCUCCAUGCCACAGCCUGUCCUUUUCCACAGAGCAAGCACCACGUGUUGAGGACGUGCUUGAGGUUUUACCUCUACAAACAGAACCUUUCAGACUUCCUUGGUGCCCUCUCCUGAUCCAUCCCACACAGGGAAUUCGGAGUCUGAGCGCUCAUCCCUUUGGUUUUCCUUCAUUUUUCCACCUCAAGCCCUGUGGCUGGUGCAGCUCAGCCCUGUCCUGGAACAGAUUCCAGCUCCUGCAGCCAGCCCUGAGUGGCUGCACCACAGGCCUGUGUUUGCCCAGCAGAGAUUUGGUAUUCCAUCCACUCCUCGCCCCUUUGGACUUGGUUUUCCCUGAGCUGGGCCCUGCUGUUGCACUUCAGACCCUGGCAGAAACUGAAGGGGAUUCUUUUCAAUUCCACCUGUAAAUGUGUAAAGAAGCUCUUCUCUGGGAAAGGAUCAGCCAUCCAAUCAAUGCUAGAAAUAGUCAAGAUUACUGCAGGACUUGAUGUGUUGUGUCUCUGUUGCAAGUGGGGUGGGAGAGGGAGAUGUGGGGGGGAUUGGGUCAGUAAAUCAGUCUCUGGGUGGGUUUGGAUGUUCAUUGCCAGUACUUGUUGCUUUGGAAGAAAACAGGAUGCGAGUAUAAAAAGGAUUGAAACUUUCAAGUGAAUCUCUUCCAAAGGAUUUUUUUUUGACAUUUUUGUUUUUUAAAUCUUCUUUCUCACCUGCCAGUGAAGACCAUGGUUCCUCCAAGAGACAUGGAGCCCUCAGUGUCAGAGUGGCAGCACUUGUCCAUUGUUGGGAUGGAGUUUCUGAUGCCUAAAUCACUUCUUCAGUUCCAGAGUGAGGGAUGAUUCAGGACAGCAGCAGCUGGGGCAGCUCAACCUGAGGUACCUGAAGGACUCAGCAGAUGAAGGCAGAUACUGAUGAACCUUUCAUGCUUUUUAUAAAUUAAGCUGCAAAAAACAAAACAAAAGUGGCACUUAGUAAAGGAGCAAUACUUACAUUAUUUAAAAAAUAGGAUUUUUCCGUGACCUACAGCUGGCUUUGGGCAGAGCAUCUCAACAGAGCUUUAAUUUAGAUUCUAAGCCUGCUCUAUUAUAAUUUGAAUUUUGGUGAUGGGAGCAGUACUUCAAAGCAAUUAACAGGUGAUUUCUCCCCAUUCCACUCCUGUCCCCUCCCACCUUGAUGAGUUACACAGCUCUGGGAAUCAUCUACUUGCUGGAGUCAUAGAUUUUCUCAUUUUUGUGUCCUGUAGUUCAGACUGGAUCACAGCAGUGAGGUUUGGGGUUGGGAAUGUUGCUAGGUGAAUGUGAACCUGGCCAAGUGAAGGUGAAGAAUGAGGAGCUUUUGAGGAAAUGCAGCCAAGGAUGGGUGAGACUGGGUUAAAUUCAGUGAAUGCUGAUUUCAAGUGGCAAAAAAAGGCAGCUUGAAAAUUAUAUUUCUUCCCUCCCAUGUUUUCCCAUUUACUUAUGGGAAGCUUAUGGCUAAAGACAAAGUGGAGGACAAAUCAGCAAAUUGUAGAAGACUGGGAGGAUAUAAAAGAACAGAGCCUGGAAAAUUCUGUUUCCUUUGGAUGAAAGAAAAACUAAACCUGAGAGUCUAAGAGGGAGAGGAAGGAGGAGAAAUACUGAAAAUGUUGGAUCCUUGCUGUGAGCAGGCAGUCCUUGAUGAAGAGAGAGCCCUGUCCAGGUUUAAGGAUGCCUUGUGGAAGCAGUGGAAGGACAAGGAGGAGCUGCAGAAGGGGUUUGGAAUUGGCAGCUGGGUCUCUAAAUGCAGCUUAUCUCCUUGGUGUGAAUUCUGGUUCCGUGUCCCUCCCCACGGCUGGAGCUGGGCAGGACACUCAGAAACACCUGCAGGAGGAGCUGGCCUGGCUCCUGGCAGGCAAAUAAACCUUUCUUUCAGCUUUUGUCCCAAGUUAGACCAAUAAUCUGGCACACUGCUUACAAUUCUUAAUUAGGAUUUUUUCCUCCUGAUUUCAAGGGCAUUUUUAACAUCGAUGGCAUUGCCAGGGCCUCUGGUUGCUUCUGCCUUAAAUCCUCGCCCAGUUCCAGCACGGUGCUGGUUUUCCUCUGUUGGCUCCUGAAACCCUCAUGCAGCAUUUCCUCCCCCAUUUCAGGAACGUGCAGCUCUCCUUACAGGAUUUUAGUUGGAUUUGCAGCAUUUAUGUAAAUUAUUUUUAUUAUUUUUUGGAGCAUCUCUACAUUUUGUUGGUGGAAUAUUUGUGUGCUGGAGUAAGAGCCUCUUGAUGAUGUUUUUUGCUCUUCAGUUGAUGAUAAAUCUCUGUCCUGAAACACCUUUUUGAGAGCUGGAAGUUCAGGAAGUAAGAUUAUUGCUAUGACAUAGAUUUUGUUUAAUUUUUUUUUAAUGAGUAAUUGCUUUUCUUAAAGAACUUGUAAACUUUUUCCCAAUAUCCCUUCAUAUCUAAGUUCUCUGAUCCGCUGUUGUAGGUUGCGUGUGAAGAAAUAGGGAUUUGUGUUCUAGAAAGUCUUAUUGUUAAUAUUUUAAAUAGUGAUGUGAAAGCCUGAGUGCUCCUGUCAUAUUUUUAUUUGUUUUGUGUUCUGUGUAUCACUGCUGAAAGUUGUGUUUAUUUGGUGAGGUUGGAGCCAGCAGUCAACACCAUGGUACCAAAAUAUCUGCUUUCUUUUCCUGGGACAUCUGUUAAAAUUGGAGACAUGUCCAGUUCAAACUUCCCCAGUAAUUAAAUUGGAAUUCUUUGUAGAUUGGCUAUACUUGUGCAAAAACUCCACUUUAGGAGUGAGUAAAAGAGUGGGUGAAGAUGAAAGAGGCUUGGGGAGAAAUGUAUUUGAUUGACCCAGAGCAGUGAAGCAUCAAACCCAUCAAAACCCAGAUUUAUAGGAGUGUAAAGAACAGGAUUUGGAAAAAAAUGGUCCUUAAGUGAUGCUAAACAACUUUAAGGCCCUGCAUGUUAAAAAGAGAGGAAAAAUAAACUUUUCUUUGUGAAGGGGCAUAGGGGGGCCUUGAGCUUAACGUAAUGUCAGGCAAAGUUUGUACAUAGUUCAGAGUUUUUAAUUUUUUUUAUAUGAUGCAUUUUUUCAAGUGUAUUUUGGUCUUUAAUAGAUGCAAUUGUAAGUACUGUGUACACUCUCCAGCUAAUAAAAUUUAUAAACUGAGAA